AUGUCUUUCUCCUCACGUCUAAUUGGGACUCUCAGUCAAACCCGUGCGAGAGCACAGCGAGAAGCUGCGUUGGCUUAUUUUGAUCCCGCACAGGCUCACGACACCGAUGCGGCCCACGAGCGACGUCAAUUCGCCAGAACUCCUAGUGUGGAGGAGAUUCCUGCAACGUCGGCGGGGAGUAAGAGGCGAGUGGACCGCGAGAUUACUGAGGCGGAGGAACGGCGCAAGAGGUUGCGGCGGACGAGCACCAGCUCGGGCCUGGUACCGGACUACAACUAUUCCCACCCUUCGGACGCUGUAGCAAUUGCUAUUGAAUCACAUGCUCCUCAUUCGACGAACGAACAAAGGCGGGAAUACAAUCUUGAGAAAGACUGGCCCUCGUCAUCGAAGCCUUGGAUACAAACGCAGUCGCCUGCACAAGCGAAGCCGAACAUGCCCGCGGCAAGACGGCCUGGACCGUUCAAGCCGUUGAACACUCUGAGCAAGACAGCUCCACAAGCUGCGUCAAGUCAGAACCGCAAUCAGAAUCAUGUGGGGACCUCGAACGCCUUCUUCUCUAAUUACACAGCCGGCCAGGGUUCAACUGCCCCAAAGCCUAGUCUCAAUGGACGGAAUAACUUUCCGCCUCCAUCUGAACACAUCGACCGGUGCGAGCGAGCCAGCAAGAGACAGAAGAUGGAGAGCAAGCAGAACGAAUAUGGCGACCUCCCGUCCGAUCCCAUCGAAGUUGAAGAUUCUACACCCGAGGACCUGAAGGAAAAGCAACGAAAUCAAUUUGGAUACCCCACCUUUCCUGAGCCUACUCAGAGCAGGCCGAGGGCCCCAUCAAGUUCCCAGCGAAGCCAGCAGGGGUCGAGAGUGUCCCUCAAGAGGGAACGAGGCCGCCAGAGAGAGGACCCUUUGGGUGGGGGCGAGAUGUUAAAGGUUGACAAGACGAACGACAGCAUGAUGUCGUCCCGGCAAUCCUUACGGGCUCCGAAGUCAUUGGAAGUGCCCAAAUCGUCGAAGUCUUCAAGCGCCUCACAUUUGGGUAAUGAAUGGUCUGGUCAAUCUUCCGGUACUAGAGAAACGCCAGUGGUUUUAGGGGAGGAUGAUGACACAAUCGAAGUUACCGGAUCGACAGCGCUUCGACGUCCGAGGCGAGAUGGACUUGACUCUAUUCCCAGACAGCAACCCAGACCACAAAGUACUCAACAGCAAAUUCAGCCCGACCAGCAUGUGCCGCCAAUCCAAUUGUUAAGAGGCAUCGAGGAAUACGCUCAAAAACAUGCACACAGACAGCUAGAGCAGCAACAACAGCGGUCUGCCCGCAACGGCAAUCGCGAUGUACAAAUUAUGAAGGACCCGAGGUUCGCAAAACAACAAGCUCCGGCUCAAUCUGCAAAGAAGAAUCGCACCGUCGGGGAUGGGCACCUCGAUAAAUACAUGAGACGGCCAAGCGCAAACUCUGCCCUUCGUGGGCAAUUUGUCCGUGAUCCGCAUUCUCCCGAAGAGAUGUCACAUCGGAGGCCGAACAAUCAGAUGUUAAAAACAAAGUUGAGAGACCGGAUGCAAGGCAGCAACAGAGUGGGUUUCAACGACGACGAUGAACUCAGCGGACCUAGAACCGUGCAUUCGCGAAAUACGUCACCCCAAAAGGCCGCGCCAUUACAAUUUCGAGCGAACGAGAGGCCAAACAAUUCUAUGUCAAGACGCUCAAGAUCACCAUCUGAUCUCAAGCCCACCAAGUUCAAGUCGGAGAGUCUUAAAGUGGAGUCUGAAGAUGACGAUCCUCACGAAGUGCGGAUACCCGUCAACGGUCUCUUCUGUACGGGAUUUGCGGGUUAUCAGAAGAAUCUGGAGCUGCGCUGGGAUGAGAAUGCAGUGGCUCUCAUUCUAUACUCAUGCGGAAAACCUGUCGGCGCAGACGGUGAGGAUGGCAAAUUUGUCUCAAUCAAUCAAUUGUCCGUGAGCAGAGAUUGGACAGAGUGCGAAAAUGACCCCAGAGCUAUCUUGAGGGGCUCUAUGUAUUCUGGCAGCAGCGGCAAGUUCUUACUUGACUUCCCUAACAUGGGCGACAAACAUAACUGCUGGUCGUACCUCGAUGCCGCAACCAAGGAAACCUUGAAGGAGAGCACCAAAACGGUCGACCAGGACAGGCUCCACAAAAUGUUCGAGAACCUGAAAGCUGAAAUCAUCGAUGACAAGCGGCACAGUCAAAAAUCCGUGAUCCCAUCUCGGUCAACGCAGCCAUCCCGAAUCCAAAUGCGAUUGCAAGAUAAGCAACGCUCGUCAGUUGAGAAGAUUACGGUCGAGGACGAUCAACCGAAUGUCCCUCGAACUAAACUGCGCUCACGCAUGCAAAAUACGCUUCGAGAAGAACUUCAGAACCAAGGUUAUCAGCAGCCUCGCUGCCGGCAAGAUGAAAACAUCACCAGGUCCCCAUACUUCGACCAACCACGGCGAUCUGGACGAGUUACCGGACGGAUGCAAGCCAAAUCGCCGACACCGCCUCGCGUUGUUGAGAAGUGGUCGGAGAUGAAUAAUCCUGCGCCCUGGCGAAAUCAAGUGGUCUAUCCCAGUGAAGGUCCACGUCGAGUAACCCUGGAAUUUUGCGACCUUCUGAAGCUAGACGACGAGGAGUAUCUCAACGACAGCUUGGUCAACUUCUGGCUACGCCGCAUUGAAGAGAACAUGCCGGCAGAGCAUAAGGACAAGGUUCACUUUUUCAACACGUACUUCUACACGUCAAUGACUACCAAAAAAGGGAAGACCGGAUUUAACUACGAUGCAAUCCAGCGGUGGACCAAAAGCGUUGAUCUGUUCACGAAACCAUAUGUCGUGGUACCGAUCAAUGCUAGCUACCACUGGUUUGCGGUCAUAAUUUGCAAUCUGCCGAACAUCAGACGCGAGCUUUCGGAUGUCAAAGAUGAGGAAGCUAGUGCCGCUGACCAAGCUGACGGCCCAGUGGUUAUCGAUCUUCCGAGCGAACAACCACCUAGCGAUGACAUUGAAGGAGACGCUCAAGCCCUGACAUCCUCCAAUCGCGCAUCACCAGAGGAUGAAGGAGAUGUUUUCACAUUUGAUGCAAAUGGCCAAGCGAGCAAUGCUCAACCUGACGAGGGCGCUGGUGACACGGAAGCCCUUCACGAGACUGCCAAGGGUAAGAAACCUCAGAACAAAGGGCCAGGAAUGCGCAAGUUUGAAACCGACCAACCCGUUCUCAUCAGCAUGGAUUCUUUUGGUCUCGCGCGUACCGCUGAACUCAAGUAUCUGAAGCUGUACCUGCAGAAAGAAGCCGAAAUGAAGCGAGCAAUGGACCUUGAUCUGAAGGAACUACAAGGUGUGACUGCCAAAAGUCUUCCAGAGCAAAGCAACCUCACGGACUGUGGUGUCUAUCUUCUCGCAUAUAUUGAGCAGUUCUGCAAGGAUCCGGCGAGAUUCGUGAAGAAGAUUUUGCGUCGGGAGGACGACAUCAAAGAGGAUUUCGAAGGCUUUCAUCCGUCUCACAAACGGACGGAGAUCCGCAACGUGCUUCUCGAGCUCGAGAAGGUCCAAUAUGAGCGGAGGAUUGCUCAAAAGAAAGCAAAGGCAGCUGCCAAGAAUGCCGCGACAACUCCAGCGCCCUCGACCCAAGCUGUUGCCGACUCUUCGGCGAAGGAAAAGAGUCCAACUCCCAGCGCACCGGUUGAGCCCUCUGACAAUCUGCCGGCACCGAGUGAGGAACCGCGCGCAGAUCAACCGAAACCUCAGUCAGAGCUAACUGCGAUGGGCAUUGACGAAGGAGAAGAUCUUGAGGUUGCGAUGCCACGUGGAGUUGGUGAGCGCAUCGAUGACCGUGAAACAAGCAUUCCCUCCUCUCCGCCCCCUCUUGGUCAUGACGAAGAUGAUGAAGAUGAAGAAAUGCUUGACAAUCCAUCAGACCACGCCGACUCCAAUGCGGCGGGCGUCGAUGAGGCUGUUGAGAAUGCUCUGAGCGAGAAGGAUGAUGAUAUGGGUCGCGAACAGCCUUCUCCAAGCGUGCAGAGGGUGGGCAGCAGCGCGCAGCCCCUUCUGGACCAUCUCGAGCGAGCAAUUGGAAUGAAUGAUCGGUCAGAGAAUGACACGAGCCCGCAGGAGAGCGAGCACAACGAUGUGCCUGUACCAAGCGAUGACGUGUCCGAGGAGGAAGGCGUAGGAACAGGAUCCGACGGUGAAGCUCAGGAAGAGAGAUACAGCCCUAAGGUCAUUGUUCCGAAGGGCGAAGCUGAUCUGGCGCAGGGCAUCAAGGAGCCCGAGAUUCCUGAGUCACAGGAACAAGCGGAAGAUCCUACAUUCUAG